AACCCUGCAUAACCCCUCAAACCACACCCCACAAACCACCCUUUUCAAAUGCUCCGUAACAUGCUCUCUUCUCGCCUGGUUCGCCGCCUCUCCACCAUUAGCGCCAUUACACCCACCAUCUCCUCCUCGCCCUCUGCACCUUCCGCCGCUCCUCACCUUCUAGCUCAGCUUAAGGAAGAGAGAGACCCUGAAAAGCUCUUUCUCCUCUUUCAACGCCAUUCCUCUUCUCGCCUUCUUAUCGAGAACAGCUUCGCCUACAAAGACAUGGUUUCUAGACUAGCAGGGGCUGGGCGCCAUGACCUCGUUGCUCAAAUCCUCGAACCCCAACUCCGAGGCCCUCUUGGUCGACGCCAUGGCUUUGUUCUUAGAGUAACCUCUCUCUACGCUCACGCCUCGAUGGUUUCUCAUGCUAUAAACGCUUUCUAUAUCUACCCCACCACAAAAACCUUCAAUGCUGCUCUCUCUGCGAUUAUUCAAUCGAAAGACCUCGCCCACCUUGCUCAAUUCUUCUCUGAAACUCCUCGAGCUCAUGGGUUUUCACCCGAUUCGUUCUCUUUCAAUCUGGUUAUUAAGGCCUUUUCUGACAUGGGUUUUCUUGAUACCGCUUAUCUCUACAUGGUUGAGAUGGAAAAUGCAGGGAUCAAACCAGAUAUAUUCACCUAUACGACUUUGAUGGAUGCAUUUUACAAGAAUAAUCAACCCAUUAUUGCAAAUGGACUGUGGAAUUUGAUGGGAUUGAAGGGUGUUAGACCCAAUUUAGCAACGUUUAAUUCGAGGAUACAGUACUUGAUCAAUAAGAGGAAGAAUUGGCAAGCCUGGAACUUAACGGAGAAGUUGGUAUCUUUAGGUAUAGAACCAGAUGAGACCACGUAUAAUUUGCUCAUAAAGGGUUUCUCUAGAGUGGGUCAUCUCCUAAUGGCAAAAAGGAUCUUCUUUUCAUUGGGCCAGAAGUUGUGUAGCCCAAACAGUAAGAUUUACCAGACAAUGAUUCAUUAUCUCUGCAAAAAUGGUGAGUUUGAUCUUGCUUUUAAGCUCUGUAAAGAGAGUAUGAGUAAGAAUUGGUUUCCUAAUUUUGACACCAUUACAAAACUUGUGGAGGGCCUAGUUGAAAGUUCAAAUCACGAAAAGGGGAGGGAGAUACUUGAACUGGUCAAGAGAAGAGUUCCUCCAAUGAAGAAUUUGGAGGUAUUGAAAGCUUUGUUGGGUUGAGAUCCUUCAUCGUAGUCUUUGUAUUUGUUUCUCUCUUUGACAUUUGUCUUGGCGAAUGUGAUCCAUGGAGUUCUGAUCUUCGAGGAUCACUGUUGAUUUUCGUAAUUGACCUCUGUGGGUGAAGAAGAGAGGAAGGACUUUGGGGUUAUGGAGUUUCAUUCUGAGUGCGAGAUGGUGUUGAUUAUUAUGGCAUAUUAAAAUGACCAAGAGCGGGAAGCAAGCAAGGAGGAGGCCGUGAAUGGAUCAACAAGUUUCUCUAAUUGAAUUCCAUGUUAGACAUCUGGAUGUGGAAUUUGGUCAUGGAUUUUUUCUGCAUGCUACUUGUUGUUUACUCGUCAUAUCUGUCACCAUAUUAUGCCUGAAUUGGAUCAAGCAAGAAGGAUAAGUUGCAAGGCUGCCCAAUGUUAGAGAGAAGGGUUUCCAUAUUGAUUACUUCCUCUGUCAUCUCUUCUGCGCUUUAAUACAAGGAAAUGCAUUGCCAUUCUCAUCAUUUCUCCUCACUAUUACAAUUACACAUGUCAAGACUAUUCAAGAUUGAAACACAGCCAUUGAUUGCAUUUCUCGUGUAUGAUUUCCCUGAAGUUCUCUUAAAACAUGGUGAAACAGCACAACUGGAAGUAUUGAUGGAUAAAAGUACAUCUCUUCUUGUUGAAAUUCAAAUGACACAUAAGAGCAGGGCCUCAGAUCAAGUGGUCCCCACUUGCUUCUCCCCCUACUUGUCAUAGCUGAGUCCCUCAGAGUGAUUUGUGAUAGAGGACAAAAUUACGCUCGAUUUAGCAGCUCCACAUGAUGCAAGAAUGGGUGGGAUUUCAUAACUUCACGAGUGAUAUGAUGUAGUGGAGUUUAAAGGACCAGUCUUGCCUAUGAAUCUAUGUUGAGAAGUUUUGAGAAUGUUUUGGGGCAAACGUUACUUCUGCAUGGACCAACACUGCUGUAUUAGUAUGGACGGGAGAGAGAUAAAAAAGUGAAUUAAAAUUGCACGUGGGACUGCAGGGAAUAUUCAUUAUUUCUACUUGGCCCCUAUCUUUAUUCAUGGGAAUAACCGGUAAUGAAUUGUGAGUUUUGAUGAUUGAAUGGACAAAAAAGUUAUCGACAAGUUGAAUAGACACACUCAUUAAGAACACUUCAGUCAGCCAUCCGAUUCGAGUUUAUAUUUAUGUUUGGGAUUUCAAGAAUGGUUAACAAGAUUAUAGACAUGCUCCAGGGAAAUUUUUGGUGGAAACUGUUGAUCAUGGAAAGGUUGGAUUUGGUCUAGUGUGUGGUUGCUCCUUGACCUAGAGAAAGUAAGAUUAGAUAUUCUGGAUGUCAAUUUGGUUAAAGAAGCACUUCUGGCCAAAUUGCUUUGGUAAUGAAGCAUGUACAACGCUGGCCUAUGGCACAAAGUCUCACCAGGAUAUUAGAAUAUAUGGGUUGGAAAUUGGAAAGGAUAUCAGGUCCAUGUGGAUCGAUUAGCAUGGUUGUAGAAAACUUUUGAUGGGGCCAUUAGAGUGAAUAUAGAGAUGGCCAUUGAAUUGUUGACUAUGGUGGGGUCAUUAUAUAGGAUUUCUGUACGAGGAUCAUAAUAAUGUUGUCAUCUAAGAGUUAGAAAGGUGUGAAAUUCUCAUGGUAAAAUCGACAUAUAGGAAGUUUUGUAGGGAUGGAUGGUUGGUAAGGCAAUCUUUAUGGUGGAAGGGAUACUCUAAUGUCCUUUUAAUGGUUAUACUAACAUGAUAAAAUCCUUAUUGUUUUUAUUGUUGAUCAUCUUGAUUAUAGAAGUUUCUUAUUGUGGCUUGUUUCCUAUGCAUGAGUGAGGAAGAAAUAAUCUAGCACUUUUUCAACCAAUUAGCUACAAUAGAUUUGUAUCUGCAACUGUGAUUUGUUUGGUUAAUGGGGCCGUGGAUGAUUCCUUUCUCAGUAAUUUAUGCUUGUGAACGGGGAUCAGAUGGAUUGCUAUGGGUUAAUCCCUUUGGAAGUCGUGGGUUUUUUUCUUUUCGAUUUGGUCAGAACUGAAAAAACAGCUGGGGAAUAUGGAACGAGAAGCAACAUGAAUCUUUUCCAAAGACAAAAUAACCCAAAAGAUAUUGCUUGGGUUGAUUAAAAAACGAUGCAAGACUUUUUGCUUCGCAAUGACUGGUUAUGUUCGGGGUGAAGAUGGUGACAAUUGUGGCUUGGUAUUUACUGAUGACUAGAUUGCAGUUUAAGUGGAAACGUCCACUGCCUUUUCGAGGAUUCUGAAGAUAAAUGUCAAUUAAACCGUCCUUUUGGACAUAAAUCUGUAGUGGUGAUGGUUAUUGUGAUGCUACAAGGAUUCGCUUGAAAAGGUUCUGCAGCUGAAGUGCGAUCAGUUCUCUCUUUUAACUUUUAGUAAGGAAAGGAAAGGAAAGGAAGGGUAGCUGUUUUGUUCAACUUAUAUGCUGUGGUUUCUUGAGGUACUAUCAAUAGGAUCAUAAAUGGUUGCAGUCAUCUUGUUCCAUGUUAUGCAAGCUGGAAGAUUACUAGAUGACUUGGUUAUAUCAAACGAGGGCAUCACGGUCGUUCUAACCAGGUCCCUCUUCUCACUAGGUUCAAUGCCCAAGGUCCACUGCUACAAAAUGAAUGUGCAAAGCUUUCUGUUCUUUGCAAUAAGUAAAUACCUUAAGCCUUGUUUCUUUAUCUCAGGGCCUUAAUAAAUUCCCUUGAAGAGUCACUGUUGCACCAGGAGUUCACUGUUUUGUGGCACCAAAAGGCGAAAUAGCCAAAAAUAUCCCUUGAAGAGUCAAAAUUUUAAAAUUUCUGUUGACAAUAAAUGACAAAAAGAUUCCUUCAAUUUUCGAAAUACUGAUUUGUCCGAAAGUUCUAGAAUUCCAACUAAGCUUUGCAAUUUCAUUUGCCAGAAACAGUGGCCUACAAUUGGCUUCUGAAUUCUGAAUAUUGUUUGCUAGCAAUUUCUAACUUAUUUGUUACCUGGUUUCCACAACAUGAGCCAAUUCAAAUUGUUUCUUGACCUUUAUAUUUUAUUUGUCUUUUACUUUCCGCACUGGUUUUGGGUUAUUCCCCCUAUGUCUCAGCUCUGUUUUUCUUGAUUGGGCUACUACUCAUGGAUAUAGGGGAAACGAUCACACAGUUCAGCUUUCUCACACUGCAUUGACUAUUUGUUGGGGUCGAUUUUCAAGAUCAAAAUUUGUCUAUUGUGUUGGCCUUAAUUCCUAUUUCGUAUAAUUAUGUCCUUCUCAAUGAUCUCAAUGAUACUAGUGAAGCCAUUUUUUUCCAUAGAUAUCUUUAGACCCAAUUGUUUGACGGAGAGUAACCGAGCAGCUUGCAUAUUUAUAAGAAAAAUAGAUAAGUUCCUGAAAAAUCAAGACAAAUGUCUGAGCAUUGAACUGGGUUGAAGAUUGUAGUUUAUUUUCUAAUCCAUAUUAUGCUCGAUGGGAGUAUUAGAAAAAUACUAAACCAAAAUCUAUUCUGGAAAGUUGUCUAUUAAUCAAUGCCUGUAUGUGGACGUGUAUAAGUGGUGCAAGCAGAUUGGUCUUGUAUCCGUAAGGUGCAUUGUAAUCCCCAAAUUCCUAUCUUUAAUAGAAGAGGAUGAAGGUUCAGUGAUCUCUAAUAGGACAGCAUUCAAAUGAUAAAAAGAGAGGACAUCUUAUUAGUCAUUCCAUUGAUUCUGUGAAACAACAUUAUGGUAUGUUUUGUCCUGUUGAUAUCUCCUUUUGAGAAAGAGAUUACAAGGCUGCUUUUCAUGUUUUGUGGA